AGCAAAUUAAGAAAGACAUGAAGUCAUGAACAAGUCAAUCUCUCAGUUUUGUAUGUCUUGUACUGGUUAUGUUCCAGAUGUUCAACGUUGGUGCUUACUUUUGAUUAUUUUUUAGUAUGUUCAAGUAAUGACUGUAGGGAUAGAACAAAGACUACUACUGAAAUUUCUAUUGACUUGUGCUUAAUUAUUGUGCUUCCUUACAAUUAUUUGGCAUCAGUAUCCCACUGGAAUCGAAAGCAAAGGGGGUGAACCAUGAAGGUAUAGUACAAUGGGGUUGGCCAACUCAUUCCAAAAGAUUUGACCCAUCAAAAGUUAUCCAACUCUCUUGGCAACCAAGGGUCUUCUUGUAUAGAGGUUUCUUGUCCGACGUUGAGUGUGACCACCUAAUCUCUUCGGCAAAGCAAAAUAUGAAGAAUUCUGCAAAGCAUGGUGAAACGCCUGAGAGCACAAACGUAAAUACAGAAGAUGACAUCUCUGCUAGUAUUGAGGAAAGAGUUCUGGCAUGGACUUUUCUACCAAAAGAGAACAGUGAACCUUUUAAUGUUAUGCAUUUGGGGAUUGAGGAUGCCAAUCAGAAAUAUGAUUACUUUAGUAAGAAAUCUACAGACGAGCCAUUAGUGGCAACCGUUGUUAUAUAUCUCUCAAAUGUCUCACAUGGUGGGCAAAUUAUCUUCCCUGAUUCUCGGUUGAAGAAUUCCGUAACAAAGCAGAACACAUGGUCCGACUGCUCAAAGAUCAACACCGCUCUUAGACCCGUUAAAGGGAAUGCAAUUCUAUUCUUCAAUGUUCGUCCUAACGCUUCACCUGAUAAGAGCAGUGUCCAUAUAAGAUGCCCUGUUCUUGAAGGGGAGAUCUGGUAUGCCACAAAGCUCUUCCAUGUGAAACCAAUCACACUACUUCAAUCAAAGGUAGAUAACAGUGAUUGCUCUGACGAAGAUGAUAACUGUCCUCAGUGGGCUGCUGUUGGGGAAUGUAAGAAGAACCCGGUUUUCAUGGUGGGUUCUCCUGAUUACUAUGGAACUUGUAGGAAGAGCUGUACCGUGUGUUGAUCUGCAUAUAUAUGCUUCUUUUAUGGUGUGUUUUUGCUCAGCAUUGAUGCUCAUUCUUUUGUUUGUUUGUGUUUGUGUUUGGUAGUUGUGAUUAUUUAAAUGUAGAAAUUAUUUGAAAUCACUUGAUAUUUAUUGAAAUAAUUUACACAAUC